UAGAAGGUCAACUAAUUAUUGCAAUCAAAGGUUCAAACGCGGGUGAUAGGUGGUGACAUGGUUCUUCAGUUGCAACUGAAAACUCGCCCGUUUCGCUGCAGAACCGCGAGUUCCAGUCCGAUCUAGUCGCUCUAGUAAGGUUAGCCAGUUCGUUUUGUCGUUAUUUUUUUUUCCGCUUUCGUCCGUUUGUCGUUGUUACGGAUGAUUCUGGCGUGCACCGGUCGGAUAUCGUGUCGUUCAAAUCGCCCGAUCGGCCCGCGUUCCUAAAACAAUGCAGAAGAAAACCAAAGGCGCCCCGACGCCCGAUGACGUCAUCGGUACGCGGACGCCACGACACGUCGUCAAAUAUUACUAUCGAUACGAAUUUAGAAGGCGCUGCGGCGAGUACAAAUUUUUGAUUUCGAGCGUGAUUUUGUCGAUAUUCGGGGUGCUGCAGGUGGUGUUUCCUCCCUACGACAUGAUGCUGUAUUACAGGAUUAAAAUGACGCCAGGUUUACCCCCGUUCGAUUGGUGGCUGGAUCCUCCCGAUCAAGUCAUUGCCAAAGUUUAUAUUUUCAACGUGACGAAUCCGGUGGAGUUCUCCAAUGGGAGCGAUAAGAAGAUUAAACUCAAAGAAGUAGGACCAAUUAUCUACAGGGAAAAAUUACGGCACGACAACGUGGCGUUCAACGAUAACAGCACGUUAAGUUACACGGCUAAUCGAUCGUUAAUCUAUCUGCCAGAUAGGAAUCCCGUGGAUUUACUCAAACAAACCAUCACCAUGCCCAAUCUACCGAUACUAGUCAUCCCGUCGUUUUUCUACGAUUCCCCGUUCUACGUUCGGCUGGGCGUCAACCUGAUGAUCAGGCGAUUGAAGACCGAAACGUUCAAAACGGCCACGGUGGAGGAUUUCCUGUGGAACAUGACCGAUCCUCUGAUGGACACGUCGAGAAGCCUGGCGCCCGGUUUGGUGCCCAUCAGCAACUUCGGUAUACUGACCAAGGUCUAUCGAGAAAUGCAGGACAAUUUGACGGUACUGAUCGGACCGGGUUUCGCGAGCAGGGACUUCUUCAAAAUCGACCGGAUCAACGGUAACGAUUUCGUACCGUUGAACGGCGACUGUCGCUUCAAAAUGGCCGACAGCAGCGAAGGCGUGGCGUACCAUCAGAGCGUCAGCAGGAACGACACGAUCAAGUACUACAGGAAAACGUUCUGCGGCAUCGCCAAUCUCUUCUACGCAGGCGAUACCGAGCGGUACGGUUUGAGCGCGUACCGCUUCGAAUUGGACAACGCCACCUACGAUCGAUCGCGGCGAGGCGAUUGCUACGCAGGCGCGCCGGAACUGCCGGGCGGUUUGAGGGACGUCUCUUCCUGCAAUUUCGACACGUCGAUAGCGGCCAGCAAUCCGCAUUUCCUGCACGCCGAGCCGGCCCUGAUCGAGUCCUUCGAAGGGCUCGAGCCGGAUCCGGCCCUGCACACGUCCUACAUCGACGUGGAACCGGUCACCGGUGUACCGCUAGAGGGCAGCGCAAAGUGUCAGAUAAACCUGGCUGUAAAGGAUCUGUCUGGAUUCACCAGUAGGCUGCACAAGUUCAGCAAUUUAAACAUACCAUUGGCGUGGAUCGAAUACAAGCAAGAAGGUCUUCCGGACAAGAUCAAAUGGCUGUUGUAUAUACUGGUGAACGUCAUGCCGGCGUUUCAAAUAGUACUGGCCUCGGCGACGUUCCUGUCGUCGGCCAUUUUCCUGCUGGUGUUCCUGAUAAAGCAACGAAGGCUGCAGGCGAACCUUAAGGCCAACAAAGCGCUGGCGUUCGAAAAGGAAACGUUCCUAAGCAAAUGAUUUGCUGAUAGAUCCGCGUAUAUCCGCCAUUUUGGCCUUUACCUAGAGUAGCCUACGUCACGGUUGCUUUUACAUCAAAAUGGCCGAUAUACGAAUAGAUAUGCACAUCGAAAAAUGUGAUAUAUUAUAAGUAAUACGUUAUACGUAAUAGUUAAUUAGAUAAUUAUUAAAUUGAAUCGAAUACUUAUAAGCAAUAAAAUAAUUUGUAGGUAAUUUGUACUGGUAGUUUUUAAGUUUGAAUCCAACGACGAAUGACAGUUAUGACAGCUGUCGGGAUUUUGACAGUACCAUGAAAAUUAGCAGUCGAGCAACGAACGGAAAUGAACCGGCGAGGAGAACUCUCCAGCAUAGACAAAAUACACUCUCCAGGAAUCCUUUCAUCAAUUUCAUGCGCGACUACAGGAAGUCGCUGCGGCGCAAGAGGGAGAUGCGCGACGCCCUGCGUCGCGGCGCCGAAUUGUGGCGGCAGAUGAACGAAAGGGCGCGAUCGCCUUACGUGCGCCAGACGAAGUUGGCGCUGGAAAGGAACGAAGACAAGAGGAAUCGCGUCCCAGACGGAGAAAAAACGCGCUGACGAUGUUUUUGUUAUUAUUUUUCCAAUAAACUUUCAAUCGAUCGAGUGUAAUA